UGUCGCCGAUAAAGUUUGCCUAGCACCGAACUAGUUCAAACUUUUGAAAUUAGUUUGUUAUUUUCAUUAACAUGUUUUCCUGAUGCUAGAGGAAUGUUGUAUGUGUGCGUGAACUGACAAUAUUAUCUUGGAUUUUACUUCGCUAUGUCGUUGAUGUCACUUCAGUAAAAUGCAAGCAUGCGUGACAUGAGACGUAAAUGACAUGUCUACCGAGGAAAUUAGCAGACUGGUUUAACGCGGCGGAGAAAUGGACUGGUUGCUAAUGGCCUGCCUUGCAAUAAAAGCGAUGUUGGUGAUGGCAGAUGAGAACGAAUACCGGCUGGUCCGGGACCUAUUUGUGGCAUACGACAAGCGGGUACGACCCGCAACACACUGGAGCAAGCCGGUCAAUACUACCUACGGCGUAGCCCUUGCACAGAUCAUCGACGUCGACGAGAAGAAUCAGAUCAUCACAACAAACUGCUGGCUCAAUCAAAACUGGCUGGAUCCGAAACUACGCUGGGAACCACAAAAAUACGGCAACAUUACAGUCAUAGGGGUACCUUACACGGAUAUUUGGAAACCAGAUGUUGUUUUAUAUAACAACGCCGAUUCCAGUUCUACCGUGACAUCUAUAAGCUCCAACGUGAUAAUUCACUACUCCGGUAACGUGACGUGGCUUUCCAUGUCAAUCUUCCGUAGUUCUUGCUCAAUUGACGUCAAAUAUUUCCCAUACGACGUUCAAAACUGUACAAUGUCAUUCGCGUCGUGGUCGUUCGGGAUAGACCAACUGAACAUUCUCAGUCAUUCCACUGAGGGUGAUGUCUCAAACUACGUUCAUAGCUCUGAAUGGAGUCUCCUUGAGUAUACACCCCGGAGGCAGCUGGAGAAAUUCUCGUGUUGCCCGGAUGAUGUGCCUUUUAUGAAGUAUGACAUUGUGAUAAAGCGGCGACCGCUUUUCUACCUGUUUAACAUGGUUAUGCCGUGUAUCCUGAUCACCCUGGUGGCGUUGUUGGGUUUCUACAUGCCCCCAGAGAGUGGUGAGAAGGUUUCAAUGGGAAUUACAACACUCCUGUCCAUCGUCGUCUUCCUCAUGAUAGUCUCAGAGAGUCUCCCGCCGACAUCGGACGUCGUACCGCUCAUAGGUCUAUACUACGGGAUAACUAUCGCGAUCGUUUCCUCGGCUACGGCGAUGACGGUGUUGACGCUCAACAUUCACCACAAGGGCGCCCGGGGUAUCGAGAUACCACCAACGGUGAAACGGGUGUUCUUUGGGAUAGUUGCUCGGCUUUUAUGUAUCAAACUAGACCUUCCAGAGCCACCGGGACCCGGCUUGACCCGGAUCCCCUCACACGAGCACUGUCUAUACAACGAGCGUUCCUCUUACGAGCGUCCUCCGGACCUUGAACAAGAGAAACCCUCCCAAAAUGGCGGCAUUUCCGGUCGCUUCAUGCCUGGGGGCGUUACUAUGGGAAUGGGAAUGGGGGAGAGUGGGAUCGGUGCGCCAUCGGGUGGUUAUGAAGAGCAGCUAGUUCGUGUGCUCAGGAAGGUUUAUCAGACGAUUGAAAAAAAUGAGAUUAGAUUAGCAGAACAGGACCGGCGGGAUCUGUUACGUCAGGAAUGGCAGCAGCUGGCCCUCGUUAUUGACCGGCUCCUGCUGCUGGGAUUCAUUGCCGUUACCGUCACUGUUACGCUCGUAGUUCUCGUUCCGCAGGAGUACAACAAGCCCUGACACCUGCGACUAGGUUGGACCGAACACCCGGGUUAUUUGAAACCUGACCCCUGUGCAAGAUGGGACCUAAUCCUCGAGCAUGUUGACUUUACGUAGUCGAUCGCUCAUUCUUAUUUUUGCACUGUUCCCUACACGAUAGAUGUCCUUGUCGAUCAGCGAUAUGGUACAAAAACUAAAUACUUGGUCGGUCAUUAUAACUAGCUAAUGCGGGAUGUUUUACAGACCCAGAAAUAAAGCAUGUGCAAAGGCGGGCUUUUUCACAGGUAUAACGGAUUCUUAUUCUGGAUCUCGUAACCAAACGCGUCACAGAUUCGUUGGAUUUAUGGUUUCUGCUUGAGUAUAUAAAUUGUGUAUGAUACACGGAAUUUAUAUAAAUAUUGCAAUUAUUUUAUACCCAUGGGAAACAAGGCUUUGUAAGCACAGCCUUGGUCCCUGGCAAAAUAUUUUUUCAACUAAAAUAUGGUGUAGAAAGUUUGGUUAACUGGUCGGAUUCUCAGUCCCGAGCCCAAGCAUUAAAUAGUUGUAUUUUGCUCUUUGUCGUUGUGUGACUUUCGAAUGAACCGGGAACACCACUCCAGCAACAAUGGAAUUAAAUAAUGAAAUCAUAGGUUUCUUUUAAUAUCUCCUUAGUACGUGGACUUUCAAAUACUUGAAUGUUGAACACGGAUAAGCUGUCUGACAUAACUAGAGAAAUAUCGGAGAACCUUAUGCAUACAUAUCGUUUGUCGUUACGUUUUCUUGUCUGCAAGUCUGCAAAGAAGACAGCCGUGUUGAAACUAAAAUGAAGCUGCAAUUUGAUUUGAAAGUGUUUACGUUUUUUUGAUACCUGAUUUACAUUAUUUAAAGUUUUAGACAUAGAUGGCAACGCGGAAAACCGGUGAUACAUACACAUCCCACUACACACUACAUACAUGUAUAAGGUGCAUAAAUAUGUUCGGAUAGGUGGUGUGUUGUUCGUGUUCCAUGCAUGCUGCUUUUCAAGCUGAAGAAAGUAUUAAAGUGUUUCUGCGACAGAUAGAUCCCUCGUGCAUUAGUUAAUGAGUCUGGUAGUUAAAGUUCUCAUUCUAAACAUGGAUAAAAAUGUCACCACAGAUAAUAAUAUAUGGCUAGUAUCUUUUGUCAUAUGUUUCUUGCUAUUUUAUUUUCAUAUCAUUUUCAUAAAUUAACAGUAUUUUAUCACAUUUAAUGUUAUUUUAAGUGUGCGUGCUGAGGGAUGUUAUACUCCAACUCAAUUAUAAAAUGAAAAACGGUAUGCUAUAUAAUUUUUCAUAUACUAAUUAUCUAUACGGUUAUCGGUUUUCACCGUUUUUUUUCCUAAUAUCAUUGUUUUUAUCUGUAAUUGGGUGCAUCAUUUUUUCAUCAAUUUGCAUGCACAUUUGUAUAUAUAAUGUAUAUAGGUACAAAAACUACAAUAAGUUUUGAAAUGUGAUUAAAAUUUACCAUACGCUUA